GGACUGGCCAAAAAUCACGUAUUUGCUCCCGUAAAAGAGACGUCGAAACCAGCUUUACCUAAAUCACCCGCGUUGCUUUCGAUUUCGAAGCAGGAAAAGUCGCUUCAACCAUUUCCGAGCCGCCCUGCUCCUUCCCUUUUCCUGCUAUCUAGCUUUCGAAACACGCAGGUGAAUCAAGGACGUCUUGACAAGGAGGCAGUUGAUUCUCACUGCUAAGGACCAUGUCGGACGGAGAGGAACCUGCCACUGAUGUGUUGGAGGAGACUCCCGCCGCGGCGGCGGCCCCGGGGGAGCCCAUGGACAUCAUGAGCGCCCUCCAGAUGGUGCUCAAGAAGUCCCUGGCCCACGACGGCCUGGCCCGCGGCCUGCACGAGGCGGCCAAGGCGAUUGAGAAGGGCUCCGCUCAGCUCUGUGUCCUGGCCCAGGACUGUGACCAACCCGACUACAAGAAGCUGGUGGAGGCGCUGUGCCACGAGCACAACGUGAACCUGCUGGCUGUGCCCAAGGCCAAGGAGCUAGGCGAGUGGGCGGGGCUCUGCAAGAUCGACUCGGAGGGCAAGGCCCGCAAGGUCGUUGGCUGCUCCUGCGUCGUCAUCAAGGAUUACGGCGAGGAGACCGAGGGGCUCAACGUGCUCCAGGAGUAUGUCAAGAACUUGUAGAGAGGGGUGGACGUGUCGGCAGGGGACUUGAGAGCAUUGCGUUGCGGCUUGGAGGGACCUCGUCCGAUUGUUGAUGCUCAAUUUCGCUGUGUUCUGGAUCCGGUUGUCCCGACUCAUCUCUGCAACUUGCGUUGAGUCGCAAUCAAGCGUCUGUCAAACAGCGGUGCAGUGCAUGGUGCGGAUGCACAAAGCUAUCGUAUAGGCCAUGACACUUGCACAUUGAGAUUUGCCUCAUCCCACACUCAUGGUCGCCCACAAAUUGUAAUAUUAAUUCAAUCUUUUAGAUUAAGAUUAGACAGCUUGAACCGCUCAAAUACAGGUGUUCUUUGUGCAAUGAUGUUUUUCUAUACCGCAGUG